UCGGAAAUUAAAAAGGGCCAAAAAAGAAAGAAAAAGAACAGACAGACAUACAGCAGAAAACGAACUCUUGCUUCUUUCUUCCCGUUCUUAAACGGAGAAGCGGGACGGAGAGGGAAGCGCACGCUCUGAGGAAGAGAUGCUGAAGGUUCCAUGCAAUGCGGCGGAUUCGCUGCAGGCCAUGGCCCAAUGCAGAUUCCCGGGAGUCCGGAAGCCCGAGUCCAAGCCGGAUCCCAACCGCCGAUGGAAAGCUCUAGUUUGCCAAACACCUGAGCGGACCAGGGGUCCUGCUCCGCUCCGUUCGGUUGUGUCUGAUAAGGGAAGCACAAACCUCUUCGACGUGGGCACGGGGAGCUUGGCCGACCGACUUCGGUUUGGGAGCUUGACGGAAAACGGUUUGUCAUACAAGGAAAAGUUCAUUGUGAGGUGCUAUGAGGUCGGAAUUAACAAGACCGCAACUGUUGAAACCAUAGCCAAUCUCUUGCAGGAAGUUGGGGGUAACCAUGCCCAGAGUGUUGGCUUUUCGACAGAUGGAUUUGCAACAACUCCCACCAUGCGGAAAUUGCAUCUCAUAUGGGUAACUGCACGCAUGCACAUUGAAAUAUACAAAUACCCUGCUUGGAGUGAUGUGAUUGAAAUAGAAACAUGGUGCCAAAGUGAAGGAAGGAUUGGAACAAGGCGUGAUUGGAUUCUCAAGGACUAUGCCACUGGUCAAGUUAUAGGAAGAGCUACUAGCAAGUGGGUCAUGAUGAACCAAGACACAAGGCGUCUACAGAAAGUCAGUGAUGAAAUCAAGGAAGAGUAUUUGGUUUUCUGUCCUAAAGAACUGAGGUUGGCAUUUCCUGAGGAAAACAAUAACAGCUUGAAGAAAAUUUCAAAAUUAGAGGACCCUGCUCGGUAUUCCAUGCUAGGUCUUAAGCCUAGAAGAGCUGAUCUUGACAUGAAUCAGCAUGUUAACAAUGUCACCUACAUUGCAUGGGUUUUGGAGAGCAUACCUCAAGAUAUUAUAGACACCCAUGAACUGCAAACAAUAACUUUAGAUUAUAGGCGGGAAUGCCAGCAGGAUGACAUAGUUGAUUCCCUCACAAGUCCAGAGCAAGAUGGGGAUACUGAAAUGAUUUCAGGAUUCCAGGGAAGUAAUGGAUCUGCAGCUGCAAGAGAAGAUAAACAAGACACCCUUCAGUUCUCACAUUUGUUGAGAUUAUCAGCAGAUGGGCAAGAAAUAAACAGGGGUCGGACUGAAUGGAGAAAGAAAUCCACCAGAUAAGGAACUUGUUUGGUUCUGCCACACCUUUUUGUUAGUUUAUGUUCUCUUCCAAGUUGAUUUUCUAUCUAUUUGUUUUGCCUUUUCAUUCGCAACGGGUUUCAAUCCUAAUUCAUGGCCUGCAAGGGACAGAUUGAGGAACUUGAAUUCAUUGGUUGAGUUUGGGGAAGAAGAAGACGCAACUUAAACAUAAUCUUUCUAUAAAUCCUCAGACUUAGUGAAUCUUUUGUUGUAGUUCUCUUUCAGAGGCUUCAUGUUCAAUAUGUAUUUCUGAUAUUUAAGAUUAAUAUAGGGUAAGUGGUUCGGGUUGCAGAAUUUGGUGCUGUUUGGGUGAUGGAUAUGAUGAAUCACAUUGUAGAUAAUCAGGAGUUGUCUUUCUGAUAAGGAAAUUAUCUCCUUCAGAAUUCUACGAAUCAACUGUUUUAUUUGAUGGCGUGGAGUAGAGUCUGUUAAAACUGAAGUCAAUGUGUAUGAUGAUUGUUCGUGAAUGGUCUAUUCUAUUUAGUGAAAAA